UUGGAUCAAACAGCUCUCUCAGUGUUGACACAAAAAAGGAUACACACUUAACUUAUUAUACAAUAAUUCUGUCUAUAACAAAAUUAAAAUUUAGUUUCUGGCUAAUAAAAUUUUUAAAAAUCAACGGACGACCGACAUACUUAAACGGCGAAAUCAUCUUCAACGCAGCAGAAAUACAAUACAAAAAGAAAACUUCAAAAAAAAAUCUGACCAAACAGCAGCAGCAGCUGUGUGCUCUCUGAGUUAAAGUAAUAUAACUUGCAGUUGACAGUGAAGGCCAAAAAAGAGGAUAUAAAAGUUUUGCUGAUUUGUUAAAAUAUAAUGGCUGGCGGUGGUGAUCCAAAAUGGCAAAAAGAUGCAGCCGAUCAGAAUUUCGAUUACAUGUUCAAAUUGCUGAUAAUUGGCAAUUCAAGUGUGGGCAAAACAAGCUUCCUGUUUCGUUAUGCAGAUGACUCAUUCACAUCGGCCUUUGUAUCAACAGUUGGAAUCGAUUUUAAAGUGAAAACAGUAUUUCGUCAUGAUAAACGAGUUAAAUUACAAAUAUGGGAUACUGCCGGACAAGAAAGAUAUAGAACAAUAACAACCGCCUAUUACCGUGGUGCGAUGGGAUUCAUCCUGAUGUACGAUGUUACGAAUGAAGAUAGUUUUAACUCUGUACAGGAUUGGGUAACUCAAAUAAAAACUUAUUCCUGGGAUAACGCACAAGUAAUUUUGGUUGGCAAUAAAUGCGAUAUGGAAGACCAACGUGUUAUUUCAUUUGAACGUGGCCGACAAUUAGCCGAUCAAUUAGGUGUUGAAUUUUUCGAGACAUCCGCCAAAGAGAAUGUCAAUGUUAAGGCUGUUUUUGAACGACUUGUCGACAUUAUAUGUGACAAAAUGUCUGAAAGUUUAGACUCAGAUCCAACGUUAGUGGGUGGUGGUGCGAAAGGCCAGCGACUAACAGAUCAACCUCAAGGAACACCUACUUCUAAUUGCAAUUGUUAAAAAAUAAAACAAAAAACAUACUUGUAUACAUAAAAAAUAAUAAAUUAAUAAUAAUAAUUAUAAUAAAAAAAUAUAUAAA